UUGUCGUCAGACUGACGUCAGCAGCUGGAACUUUUCGUAUCGCUUUUAUCAGCUGUUAUCUCAAAAUACUGCGCUAUCACUUCGCGCGUCUGCUCAUCUCGCUUUCUCUCGGGUUUCGUUUCUGCUACAUCGAGGCGAUUGCUGACGCGGGAGGCGUAUGAAUCAACCCAGUCUCGCCGUCUCUCCGUGGCACGCUAUGUCGCCCCGUCGGUGCGGAUCGCCGUGCGUCGCCUACUUGAAAUUGUGACCAGUGUCUACGGAGCAUUAUGGAGCCAAAUGAAAAGUCCCCGCUGUUGUCGAGCGCGAUCAACAGGAAUGAAAGUGAAACAGCGCGCAGUGGAUGCAGUUCGGCGGCUGUGAGCGAGAGCUUCUCCAGUCAUUCCUCUAGGAAACCAUUCCACUACCCUAUUGGUGAGCGUGGUCACAUAGUACCAGACUCAGAUGCAAAUGUGGCAGCAACUUACAGCCGAUACCGCUACUACACCAAGCUGGUGGAUCCAUCACUACAGAUGCUGUGCAUCCCCGAGCAUGUGCUCCCAGCGUAUUUGUCGUUGCCUUUCUUCAAGCCAUCAGCAGACGGUGAACAGAGCAGCUUUGUAACAAUCUUUGCCAUAUGGAACACCAUGAUGGGCACCUCAUUGCUCAGCAUGCCAUGGGCCAUGUCACAGGCUGGCUUUGCCGGGGGUAUAGUGCUCGUCUUGGCCAUCGGACUCCUCUGCUUGUACACUGCAUACAGGGUGCUCAGCAGCCCUAGCCUCACAGGCCCCAAGGGUGAACCAAUGGAGUUCUCAGACGUGUGCCACUAUUUCUUGGGUGAAUGGGGCGAGCGGCUGGCCAUCGUGUUCUCCAUGAUGCCUCUUAUUGGUGCCACUGUGGUCUUCUGGGUGCUCAUGUCCACUUUCCUGUCCAAUACAAGCGUGUUUGUUUAUGAUCACAUUGCUGGGAUUAUUGGGCCCGAUGACCAAAGUGCAAGCCUACUAUGUGCCAAAAGCUUUAGUGAGUCAUAUGGAGAUGAUUUCACACUAUUCUCGAAUGCAACAAACACUACAAACGACAAGAUUCUCGACGUUCUGCAGAGCAAGUACACAAUGCCCAUUGUCCUGGUGUUCCUGCUGUUUCCAGUUAUCAACCUGAAAUCUCCAUCCUUCUUUUUCAAGUUUACCUCUCUUGGAACUAUAUCUGUGUUCUACUUACUGAUCUACAUUUUCAUCAAGGCUGCCUCUUGGGGAAUCAACAUCAAUUUUGUGGACAAGACGAACUUGUACUACACCCCACUGUUUAAGACCACAUUUCCAGCACUGACUGGAGUCCUGUGCCUUUCCUUUUUUAUACACAACUGCAUCAUCUCAAUGAUGCGCAACCAGAGGAGGCCAGAAAACAAUAAAAGGGACCUUUCAAUUGCCUUUGGCCUCGUCAUAACUACGUACCUGCUCGUCGCCGUUCCAUUUUACGCCACCUUUCCAAUGGCGAAAAGCUGCAUCGAAGAUAACUUGCUGAAUAACUUUGCCAACCAUGACGUGAUGGCUUUCGUGACACGUAUUUUCCUCCUGGUGCAAUACAUAACUUUGUUCCCCAUGAUAACAUACCUGCUGAGAGUGCAGUUUAUGCACUGGGUCUACCGUCUUGUUUAUCCAGGGUUGAAGCAGGUGGUUUCUGUCAAUGCAGUGGUGGUAGCAAUGUGUGUUCUUUUUGCCAUAUUUUUGCCUCAAAUUGGUACCAUUUUAAGGUACUGCGGUGCCCUGUCUGGACUAGUGUACAUAUUUUCUCUGCCCUGCAUUAUCUACAUGGUUGCCCUACGGCGGCGUUACAAGUUGACUACAAGCACAGUCCUGGUGCACGGGUUCAUUAUUGUGUUGGGUGUGGCAAACUUUGUCUCUCAGUUCCUACUACCGUACUUUGAAUAGUCUGCCAGCCAGGUUCAUGCAUGGGUGCCAUUUAUGUCUUGUGCUAUAUGCAUGUUUGGUGAUUCAAUCUCAGGAGAGUACAAUGUUGAGCCAGUUUGUGCAUAGUUAAUUUAUAAAACUAUACAAGCAGGUGCGGACACCAAAAAUGCAACGAGCACCAGCUCACACCUAAGCUUACCUGCAGAAAGCCAUGCACCUCGCAGCUCUGGCCAUGUCCCCUGACGCAGCAAGUAUGCACUGAAAGCAAGCAGGACACCUAAGCUCUGAAACAGCAGACAGCCAUAGAACACUUUUAUCGUUCUGUAGUUUUAGUCAAUGCUUUAUUUCUAUGCACGUUCAUCGGCUGUGUGCAUGCAGCCAGAGCUGCUAUCCCAUUCUUCAUGUGUGUGCCUGCUUAUUCUACCUUUCCUGUUGCCAACAAGCCUGUUGCUGUGUGAACACAUAGUGAUGUAAAGUUCUAUUCCUUAUCACAAUAUUAAGCAGGAAAUUUGCCACUUAGGCCAUGGUUAAACUUUAAAAUAAUGAACGCAGUUUUUAGCAUACUUGUGCAGGACGAGAUUAAAACUCAUGGGCACAUGAACUGGAGAGCCAAGAGCACUAUUAGUUCAACCAAGCUUCUGAUUUGCAAAUUAGCAGCAUUGGUAGCCAGCAUGUAGUACAUUUAUCAACAUGUUCUCAACUGUGAGCUGGUCUUAGGGCCUCGUUUUAUUUUCAUCAUUCUUUGCAUCUUCCCUGUGACAUUAUAUCUUUUACACUCAAGUGUUCUAGGAUUUCUUUUAACAUUAUGUCAUCAAGGUCCUCUACAGUGCUAGCAGCUGGUAACAACAUGCCUCAGAUUGUUCUGCCUUUAAGAUGAAUGCCUUACAGAAGAUGCACUCUGUGACAAGAAGUAAUCUGAAUGUUUCCAUGAAAUGUUUUUGAAGUUGAAAGUUAUUGAAAUUGAGUAGGUCUUAAACGGAAAUGCCAGGUGUUAAUCACCUUCACACUUAUUCACCCUUGUUUCCCGAUAACUGUUGCUUAGUAUGUAUUGAACGUAGCCAUUUAAGCAUAUCACUGUUGCACAUAAUUAUGGUAUAUAAUAACCCAACAACUAGUAGCCAUCAUGUUAUUUUCCUUGUACGUGGCUCUAGUCAGCAUGGCACAUAUAUAAGAUAUGCAUAUUGCCACCAUUCAACUGUAUUUCAGUGUUUAAGGUUCUACUCAAGUCACAAUGAAGAUUACUGAAGUUAAUGAUGGCUGAUAGGACUAUAAAUCCUGCAGCCACACCACUGAGGCAGCUGUCAUUACAACACUAGAGGCACUUUAUUGUUACUCUGACAUUUAUGGUAUUAAUAUUACUUUGUCUUGUAUACAACAGUAAAUACUCUCUCCUGUUUUUAAUCAAAGAUACAUAUUUUAGAUACUGUUUUCUAUUUUAAAUUUAUUAAUAUCUGGUUUUAAUGAUAUUUUCAAUUUUUUGACUUGCAAGGAUCAUAGGAAUGUGCCUGCAUUCUGAAUCAUAGCCACUUGUGCCUUGAGCUCGAUAUGUCUGUAACUUGUUGACGUCACAUCAUGUGAUGUGAGUGCAAUUGAAGUUGAUAGUAAAUAUUGCAGCCCAGGUGACGCAUGUAGUGUCAUACGCCAUGAAGUUGUAUUGCAAAGUACUUAUGUUCAAGCAGCAGGCACUAUAGAAUGCAAAGAGCACAAGAAUCUGCUUUGUGUAAUUGCUUGGAGUUUUUAAGUUUGCAUGUUUAUGGAUUUACUUCCACAAGGUCUGAUAAAUUGCUAUAUUUAUUAAGCAAAUCACACAAUUUCUAUUCACAUCUGGGAAGGUAUUUUUUCCUUAAAUAUUUUUUUCCUUUCUAUGUCAUCCAAAUAUGUUGUACAAAGAGAAAUGACUUACAUUGACCUUUUUGGCUAGUCGUGCGGUGCAUACUGAAUGGCAAUUGUCAGAGCACAUUUUUGUUCAUAUGCAAAUUUGUCUUGCUGGCUGUGAAGACUUGCUAAUUGAAAGUCACUCCAUAGCUUUCCACAUUUCAGGUUGACGAUUGAGAUUCUACAUGCUCUCUGGUUUAUGUAGGAAAUAAUAUUUUUUUUUAGAUAAGGUUUUGAUGUAUACUCAUUUAAACUUAGAAAACAGAUGACCUGUAUUUUGCAGACAAUUGCAAUAAAAUUAUUCCAGAACACUGA